CGGCAUUACGGAGAGCCGCAAAAGUCGUUCGAGCCCGCGCGAGAUUAUUUUAUCAAGGGUUGCCAGGCUAUCCUGGAUAAGUUCCGUCGAUGGACCCUCGAAGAGAAGAGGCGCAAGCUCGACCGUGAGCGCAAGGAAGCGGAGCAGAGUGAACCACAGCCUGCCUCUGGCAUGCUGCGGAGCGGUUCGUCCGCCCCUCGCGCCGAGGACGAACCCUCAGGUGCGGGCGAUGACGCCUCUGUUGUGAGCGAUCCCAAUAGUGAUGUGGACGCUUCCAUCGCGAAACAGCUGCAGGAGGAAGCGUUAGCAAGGGCCCAAGUAGCAGCCGAAGCUGCGGCCGUGAUGGCGCAGCCUCCGAACCGACAAAGGCAAGCACGUUUGCGUGGCAAGGCGGCUGCUGCGAAACCCACUACGGCGUCCACAAGCAAGACAUCGGCUGCCAGGAAGCCCGCGGAGCCAGUGGCAACCAAGCCUCCCAAAGAAUUUACCUCAUUCUUCAAGAAGAAGCACGAGCGCGAUGCGGCCCUUAGCCGGGGACGCAGAUCAGGUCAUUUCGAGGGUGCUAAUAAGGGUAGCGCACGGAAGAAGAGGCGCGACAAGAGGGCCACCAGGGUUUAA